UCAGGAAAAAUUUAUUUUCAAAGAAAUUAGUAUUUUUUGAUUUUUCACACUGGUACUUAACAGUUUAUUUAAAACCAGAAAAUCCUUAAAAUAUUUUAAUUAUACGCUCAUUAUAUAACGGUAACAGAUAAAAUGGAUUUCAUAUUCCUAUUGACAUUAUUUCUAUCUAUCUUUAUAAUUGAUAAUAUAGCAGAAUCUAACAGUGAAGAUCAAAAAAUUAUAAAAGAAAAACAAAUGAGAAUUUUACGCGAUAAUGUCAGCCGAGCAAAAAGUCAUUUGUUUAAAUGCUUAAAAAAAUAUGAAAUAUUGAAGAGAGUCACAGUUUUUGAUUCUACAUUAAAUGUUGCAGGAUAUUUUACCUACACAUUUCACUACAAUUUUGAUGAAAUGUUAAAUGAAUUUAGAGUACGCUUACAGGAUGGUACAAUAACUUCUGAUCAAGUUACACAAGAAAUGUGUGAAUAUAUUUGUGGAUUAUGUAAAGGUACUGAUGAAAUGAUUAAACACGGUGGCCCUGAAGGUUGCAAACAUAAAAUAACUGUAUGCUCAAAUAAAUUUCAGACAUAUUUAACUAAUAUGUCACCUCGAAAUACGGUGCGAAAUAAAAUCUUUAGAACUUUAAAUUCAAAAUACAGAUUUGCUAAUAAUUAUCAACAAUUAACGUUAAAAAACAAUAAAAAAUUAUGUGACAAAGAAAAUAAAGAACCUUCUGGAGAAGUUAAGGACUCCAAUAAAUCUGAAGAGCCUUAAAAACCGGAAGAAAAAGACGAAUAAAUAAAUAAUUUAUAUUUAAAUGUAUAAAUAAGGAAAUUUUCCAAGUUAAAAGGCUUAAAGAAUUUUUGUUCAUUUUUAAAAAGUGGUUUAAAAAAAAAAAAAAAAAUGUUGUAUAACCUUUCAACUACGAAAUUAUGGAAACCAUUUUUCAUUUAUUAGAACUAUUGUUAAGUAUACUUACUUUGUAUUUAAUAGAUACAUACAGUAUACAAAAAUUAUAUACUUUAAUAUGUAGUUUGUAUUUAAAUAGUAAAUUAAUUAAUUCAAGUAAAAAAGUAAUAUUUAAAUUUUA